AUGGAAAUAAUUGCAGAUAAGCCAAAAGUGAAAUUUAAUUUUGCUCCUGAAGAUUACAAAAGUAAUGUCAGUUCUGAUUACUCAGGGAGUGUAGGAGAUUAUAACAAAUCAAAUGAUAAUGACUAUUUUUACUCAAACAGAAUUUUGUCUUUGGACAGAAACAGUGAACAAAGAAGGAAAGAAUCCCCCAGUAGACGACCUGGUUUCUGUGUAGAUGAAAUUUGUACGUGCGGUUUUCAUAAAUGUCCUAAAAUAGUAAGACCACUACCAUUCGAAGGGGAAAGUAACUAUAGGAGCGAAUUUGGACCUAAACCUCUGCCUGAUCUCCCCCCACGAGUUGAACAAAAACCACCAAAGUCUCUACCUUUCGAAGGUGAAAGUAACUAUAGGAGCGAAUUUGGGCCCAAACCGCUACCUCCAUUACCUCCAAGGGCAGAAACCAAAUUAGUAAAAACAUUACCCUUUGAAGGAGAAAGCAAUUAUAGAAGCGAAUUUGGACCUAAACCACUGCCUGCAUUACCCCCAAGGGUUGAGCAAAAACUGCCUAAGUCUCUACCUUUUGAAGGAGAAAGUAACUAUAGGAGCGAAUUUGGACCUAAACCACUGCCUGCAUUACCGCCAAGGGUAGAAACAAAAUUAGUAAAAUCAUUGCCAUUUGAAGGUGAAAGCAAUUAUAGAAGUGAAUUUGGACCAAAACCAUUGCCUGCAUUACCACCAAGGAUUGAAUUGAAACCCCCCAAAUCGUUACCUUUCGAAGGUGAGAGCAAUUAUAGAAGUGAAUUUGGACCAAAACCAUUGCCUGCAUUACCACCAAGGACUGAGUUGAAACUCCCAAAAUCGUUACCUUUCGAAGGUGAGAGCAACUAUAGGAGCGAAUUUGGACCUAAGCAACUGCCAGAAUUACUACCUAUUCAGAAAGCUAAGUUUAUAAAAUCAUUGCCAUUUGAAGGAGAAAGUAGCUACAGAACUGAAUACAUACGAAAAGCUAUCCCAAUAUGUCCAGUUAAUCUAUUACCUCAAUAUCCAGCACCCACAUACCCAUCUGAGCAUGUAUUUUGGGACUCUACAUCCAGAAGAUGGUAUUAA